AUGUCAAGCAGGCAGGUGGACACACAGAUCCAGAAUUCAGCUGAGAGCUGGGACACGGAGGGUGUGAGGACACUGCGUGUGACAGGAACAAAGGCAGGGGUGCGUGGAGGAGGGGGAGGGGUCCUCUCCCGGGAGGCUCUCCCUCACUCAUCACCCUCCCGCUCCCCCCACCCCCACCGCUUCCUGAUCAGAGAAGACGGGAUCGUGUAUGACGACCGGGGCUGGACCGGCAAGGGGGACCACUCAGGGACAAGCUGGAACCUCAAAUCCAUCGGCAUCACCUUCAUGGGCAACACCAUGGAGUGGACACCCCCACCCUGGGCAAUCAUGGCGGCCGAGAGUCUGCUGGCUGGUGGUGUGGCUAAAGGCAUCCUGCACCCCAACGAUGAGGUCAAAGGACACCGGAACAUGCAGCAGAUGCUCUCGCCAGGAGAUCGGCUGUUUGAAAUCAUCCAGACGUGGCCACGACACCGCACGUGA